AUGCUCAUCCAACAGUUCCAGCGGCCGACACGGCUGCUGGCUGUCCUCACGUCAAUAUGCCUCGUGUACCUGUGCGUCAACUACCUGCGGGGCGUCGACUUUGCCGCCUCGUGCAACUCGCCCGUGCGGCUCGGCGAGCAACCCGACGUCGCAGGCGAGUUUGGCAUCACUCGCAUGCUGGGCACCAAGCCGGCCACGAUCCCCAAGGGCCCGAUGGCCAAGGUCGCCAAGGUCGGCGUCGCCGUCAACGCCCUCGACAUUCCCGUUGUGCACCGCGCCUUCAAGACGCACCAAUACCACAACGAGCUGCAUGGCUACCCGCACUUCAUUGCCGACCGCGAGGUCGUUAGCGACCUGAUCGACAACGACCGCAUGCACCGCGGCUCCGGCGCCUACACCAAGCCGGCCUACCUGCUCGCCAUUAUCAUUACGGAGCUGCUCAAGAACGAGUCGGAGCGCCUCGAAUGGAUUUUCUGGUUCGACGGCGACACCAUGAUUCUCAACCCUUCGACCCGCCUUGAGACGUUCCUGCCGCCCAAUACGAGCGACAUUCUCAACGACGUCCACCUGGUCAUCGCCUCCAACUGGGACGGCCUCAACUCGGGCGCGUUUGCCCUGCGCGUGCACCCGUGGACCGCGUCCAUGCUGUCGGGCGUGCUGGCGUACCCCAUGUACGAGAAGGAGCGCACGCUCAAGGACCGCUUCCGGGACCAGAGCGCGUUCCAGUUCCUGCUCACGUCGCCCGAAUCGCCGCUGGCGCGCGACCCCCUGAAGCACAAGAACCACUGGGCGGAGGUGCCCAUGCGCUGGUACAACUCGCUGCCCGUCAACAACGCCUUCUUUGCCGACGGCAAGUGGCUGUUCAGCCACAAAAUGACGCCCGCCAUGUUCGACAACGGCACGACAGACGUGUUUGACGACGGCCGCAACGGCAAGGUGCAGCCGUGGAAGGUGAUGAAGGGCGACAUGCUCGUCCACUUUGCGGGUACUAAGGGUGUGCGCGACAGCUGGAUGACGCCGUGGCUCGACCGCGCCGAGGCGCUGCUGCCCGAGUGGAACAACCCGAACCACACGGCCAAGCUGGAGGUCGAGGUGGCCCAGUACUGGAGGGACUACGAAGAGGACAUGCAGGCGCGCGUGAUGGCGGCCAAGGAGAACGAGAUGCGCGAGGCCCAGCGCAAGAAGGAGGAAGAGAAGAAGAAGUUUGAGGAGAAGAAGAAGAACGAGGAGCGCAAGAAGAUUGAGCAGGAGAAGAAGAAGGAGGAGCAGCGCAAGAAGGACGAGUUGAAGCAGAAGGCCCUCGAGGAGAAGAAGAAGGCCGAGGCGGCCGCCAAGAAGAAGGAGGAAGAGGACGCGGCUGCCGCCGCCGCCGCCAAAGCCGAAUCUGCCAAAUCAUCGUCGGACUCUUCCGACUCUUCAGACUCCUCCGACUCCUCUGACAAGUCCUCUGACGACAAGUCCUCUGACGACAAGUCCUCUGACUCCGACAAGUCUUCUGACUCCAACAAGUCCUCUGAUUCCAGCUCCGACUCGAGCUCCGACUCGAACUCCGAUUCGAGUUCUGACUCUACAUAA